AUGGACCAAGGACAAGGAGGUCAAGGCGACCUCAACUGGCGCCUCAGCGCGCAUCCGAUCACGCUACUUGUCUUCUUGGGCAUUCGCAUCGGUGCGCUACUGAUGUAUCUAUUUGGUGUACUCUUCAUCGAUGACUUUAUCCUCGUCUUCAUUUUCACCCUUCUCCUCCUCUCCGCGGACUUCUAUUACCUCAAAAACAUUGCGGGACGCCGGCUGGUCGGCCUACGUUGGUGGAACGAGGUCGACACCUCAACCGGCGACUCGCAGUGGGUCUUCGAAUCAUCCGACCCUAACGUUCGCACUGUGACAGCCACUGACAAGCGGUUCUUCUGGCUGAGUCUGUAUGUCACACCAGCUCUGUGGGUGGGCCUUGCGAUAUUGGCCAUUGUGAGACUUGUCGGUGUUAUUUGGCUCAGUUUGAUUGUUAUUGCACUCAUUUUGACUAUCACGAAUACCAUGGCCUUCUCUCGCUGUGAUAAGUUUGGUCAGGCCUCCACAUAUGCCAACUCGGCUCUGGGUGGUGGUAUUGUCAACAACAUCGCCGGUGGCAUGCUGGGCAGGCUAUUCCGUUUCCACCUCAGCGUCACCUGCCCAUUCUCGUUUGUUUUCCCUUUCCUCCUCUCCCCUCUUCCUCUUCUUCUUCCUUUUCUUCUUCCCUCUUCUCCCUCUACCUUCGAUCGUCAUCAACAAACAGCCUUUGCGUCUACUACGCAUCAAAAACCGCGUUGGUACACCGCAAUGGAGACGAAUAUCCAUGGAACCCAUAACGAUGAUUUCACCUGCGGACAAUGCGGUGAGCCUGGCCACAUGACUCGCCAGUGCCCGAAUGACUCGGUUCCUCUGAGAGCUAGAGACAGCAAUGCAGGUGAUGCCUAUGGCAACUACGGCGACGGUGACGGCAAUUACGGCAAUGACGGAGGAUAUGGUGAAUACGCCGGUGGUGGUGGUGGUGGUGACCGCGCUUGCUUCAACUGUGGUCAACCAGGUCACUCCAAGGCGGAAUGCACCGAGCCUCGCAAGAUGGGCGCCUGUUUUAACUGCGGCGAAGAGGGUCACUCUAAGGCCGAAUGCACUAAGCCCCGCGUCUUCAAGGGUACCUGCCGUAUCUGCGAGAAGGAAGGUCACCCAGCUGUUGAUUGUCCCGAGAGACCCCCUGAUGUUUGCAAGAACUGCCAGGCUGAAGGCCACAAAACGCUGGAAUGCAAGGAGAAUCGAAAGUUCGACCUCAACCGCGUUGCUGACAUGCUUCCCCACGAAGGUUGGGCUGCAAUGAAGAAAGCCAGCGACGAAAGGGAUCUCGAUGAUUUCCGCGAGGCACUCAAAAUCUAUUCCAAGGCAGUUCCCCACGCCACUUGGGGUGAUAUCGAGAGAAAAAUGCGUGAAGACGACUUCAACAUCUACAUCAUUGCUAUGGAGGCUGAAGUUGACGAUGUCAUGAGCCUGAUUGAUCUUCAGGGAGUGCUUGAUCGCGAAUUCGUGAUUGGGUUCUUUUUUAGCCCCAAGGCGUCGCGCGGUCACCUCCGAGACCGUUGGCCUGCGGAUGCUGAGGAGAAUAUUGAGCGCCUGAACAACGCAGGUAUUCCGUACGAGCGCAAGGUGCCGAAGUGCCUGAACUGUGGAGAGAUGGGACAUAUCUCGCGCAGUUGCAAGGAGGAGCGCGCCGACAACGAACGUGUGGAAAUUAAGUGCUCAAACUGUGAUGGGCUUGGACACCGUGUGCGCGAUUGCAGACAGCAGCGCAAGAACAAGCACAGCUGCCGUAACUGCGGAUCUGUGGAGCAUAUUGCUUCUGACUGCCCCGAGCCCCGAUCUGCGGCUGAUGUUGAAUGCCGGAAGUGCAACGAAACUGGCCAUUUUGCCAAAGACUGCCCCAAUGUUGCUGAUCGUGGCCCUCGCACCUGCCGCAAUUGCGGAUCCGAAGACCACAUCGCUCGCGAUUGUGAUCAGCCUCGUGACGUUUCUACUGUUACCUGCCGCAACUGCGAAAAGACCGGACAUUACUCUCGUGAUUGCGAUCAGCCGAAGGAUUGGUCGAAGGUUCAGUGCAAGAAUUGCGGAGAGAUGGGUCAUACCAUGGUCCGUUGCCGUCAGCCGAAGGACGAUGAGCCUGAAGACGAACCUACUUUCUCCGCUGGCUCUCCUAAGCGCGAAGAACCCGAUCUGCUCGGCCCAGAGGCCAGCGCGGAACCGUUCCAAUUCAAGCGCCACGAGGAAAACGAUGACUUGUGGUAG